AUGUUUCAGAUUUUAAAGAAGAGGUGGUGGAAGUAUCUCCUAGUAGGCUUGGUGGACGUCGAGGCUAACUACACAGUGGUUAAAGCUUACCAGUACACUACACUCACCAGUAUACAGCUGCUGGACUGUUUUGUGAUCCCUGUGUUGAUGAUACUCUCCUGCUGGUUCCUGAAGACGUGCUACAGACCCAUCCACUACAUAUCUGUGUGUGUCUGUCUGCUGGGGGUGGGGGCCAUGGUGGGAGCUGACCUACUGGCUGGACGAGACUUGGGAUCCACCUCAGACGUUCUGCUAGGUGAUGGCUUGGUCCUGCUCAGUGCCAGUCUAUAUGCUGUGUCUAACUUGUGUCAGGAGUACAUCGUCAAACACCUCAGCAGUGUAGAGUUCCUAGGCAUGGUCGGCCUGUUCGGCACACUCAUCAGUGGCAUACAGCUGGGUGUUCUGGAGCAUAACAAUGUGGCAAACAUCCAAUGGGACUGGAGAAUCGGCCUGCUGUUUGCUGGCUAUGCCCUGUGUAUGUACACCCUGUACAGCUGUAUGCCCAUAGUGGUCAAGAAGACCAGUGCUACAGCAGUCAACCUCUCCCUCCUCACUGCAGACCUCCUCAGCCUCUUCUGUGGCCUGUUUCUCUUUCAAUACACGUUCUCAGGUCUGUAUAUUGUGUCUCUGGUGAUCAUCCUGGUGGGCUUUGUCUCCUUCAACGCUGUGGCAACGACCCCUAACCCUGCAGACCCCAUCACCCCCUCUGUGGGCUGGAAGGAGGGUGGCUAUGACAACCCUGAUGACAUCAUCAAUGAAGAAGUGGUGGUGGUGGUCUUGGAGGAGCAGGAAGAGGAAGAGGGUGAAUGCCCAGGGGUAUCGUGGAAUCAGAGAACACAGUAUGAGGAAGUACCGGCGAUGUGAUCUGAUCUACUAGACGAGCACUUCCCAAGAGUCUAUAGCUGUUAAUCUCCUUGUCUCCUUUCUUUCAUUCUUACCAUUCUAAUAGAUCUACAGAUUCACCGGUGUACAGUUGAAGUCGGAAGUUUACAUACACUUAGGUUGAAGUCAUUAAAACU